AUGGAACCUGUGAAGGUAUCUAAAGCAACGUGGAUGACAGACGGGACCCACUGGCCAGGCACUUGGACAGUUCCUACUCACGAGCAUUCUAAGGGUGACCAUGCAGGAAUCAUACAGGUAAUGUUGAAACCUCCAAGUGAAGAACCUCUUCACGGGACAACUGUUGAGAACAGUCCACUUGAUUUUACCGAAGUUGACAUUCGGCUUCCCUUGCUUGUGUAUGUUUCUCGUGAAAAGCGUCCUGGGUAUGACCACAAUAAGAAAGCUGGGGCCAUGAAUGCGUUGGUUCGAGCCUCAGCCAUAAUGUCCAAUGGCCCAUUUAUACUUAACCUUGACUGUGAUCACUACAUCUACAACUCUCAGGCAAUAAGAGAAGGCAUGUGUUUUAUGAUGGACCGUGGUGGGGACCGUAUUUGUUAUGUCCAGUUUCCGCAGAGGUUUGAGGGAAUAGAUCCAUCUGAUCGUUAUGCAAAUCACAAUACAGUUUUCUUUGAUGUCAACAUGCGUGCUUUGGACGGGCUUCAGGGUCCAGUUUAUGUGGGCACUGGAUGCCUCUUUCGCAGGACUGCACUUUACGGCUUUGACCCUCCCCGAUCAAAGGACUACCACUUUGGUUGUUGUAGCUGUUGUUCUUCCCGUCCUAAGAGAAGUUUAUCGGUUUCUUCUGCACCUGAGGAACACAGAGCACUUAGAAUGGGAGAUUCUGAUGAUGAUCAAAUGAAUCCUUCUCUCUUCUCUAAAAGGUUUGGAAACUCAAUUUUUCUUAUUGAUUCAAUUCCAGUGGCAGAAUUUCAAGGCAGACCACUUGCAGAUCACCCUGCUGUAAAGAAUGGACGACCACCAGGUGCUCUAACCAUUCCCAGGGAACUCUUUGAUGCAUCUACUGUUGUCGAGGCAAUUAGUGUCAUAUCGUGCUGGUAUGAAGAUAAAACGGAGUGGGGCAAUCGGGUUGGAUGGAUUUAUGGGUCUGUUACGGAAGAUGUGGUAACAGGUUAUAGGAUGCAUAAUCGUGGUUGGAGAUCUAUAUAUUGCGUGACUAAGAGGGAUGCUUUCCGUGGUACGACACCAAUCAAUCUAACCGACAGGCUUCACCAAGUCCUUCGAUGGGCCACUGGUUCAGUCGAGAUCUUCUUUUCACGUAAUAAUGCUUUUCUAGCCAGUCCUAAAAUGAAAAUUCUGCAGAGAAUUGCUUACCUUAAUGUUGGUAUCUAUCCAUUCACCUCUGUGUUUCUGAUAGUAUACUGCUUCCUUCCUGCAUUGUCGCUCUUCUCUGGUCAGUUUAUUGUCCAGACUCUAAAUGUUACCUUUCUCACAUACCUCCUCGUAAUCACUUUGACGCUUUGCAUGCUGGCUGUCCUCGAGAUCAAGUGGUCUGGCAUUGCUUUGGAAGAAUGGUGGCGUAACGAGCAAUUCUGGUUGAUUGGAGGCACAAGUGCGCAUCUUGCUGCCGUGCUUCAGGGACUACUCAAGGUCAUUGCUGGGAUCGAGAUCUCAUUUACUUCGACAUCCAAAUCUGCUGGUGAUGAUAACGACGAUGACUUUGCUGAUCUCUACGUCAUAAAAUGGACGUCCUUGAUGAUUCCGCCUAUUACUAUCAUGAUAACUAACUUAAUUGCAAUAGCAGUUGGUUUCAGUCGGACAAUAUAUAGCACCAUACCGCAGUGGAGCCGUUUGCUCGGAGGAGUUUUCUUCAGCUUCUGGGUUUUGGCUCAUCUUUACCCAUUUGCAAAAGGACUGAUGGGACGACGUGGGAGGACACCGACAAUUGUGUAUGUUUGGUCAGGACUUAUUGCAAUCACCAUUUCACUUCUCUGGGUUGCCAUCAAUCCCCUUGCUGGUAACAAUCAAAUUGGAGGGUCCUUCCAGUUUCCAUGA